GGCGGCGGCGGCGGCGGCUUCCAGCGACUUCGGCGGGCGGUGUUUGAGGAGCUGCAAUGCCCAGCAGAGACACGUUUCCACGAGGGCAGUGACACCUGGCCCGGCCUUAGGGAGAGCAGCCCAUCGGCCCCAGACAUGCUUGGGCAGCCCCCAAACCCCUCGGACCUUCCCUGUGCUGCUGCUGGCUCGGGCUCCCCGCUGGGACGAGUCCUCAAGGGUCACUUUGCCCCGCUCUGAGCAGCCCCUGAUGCUGCAGCCCCUUCAGGAGGCAGCCCAGAGGUGCCCCAGGACUGUGGCAGUGACGAGCGGGGGGAUCUGAGACCCCGAGGACCUCGCUGGUGCCGAGGCCCCCCCCCCAUCCCGGCCGGGGCGAUGCCAACCCCCGCCUAGCCCCCGGGCGAAGGGAUGGGGGAUCCCCCCACCUCCAGCACCCCGCUGCCCCCUCCUGCCCCGGCUCCCCCGGCCCGUGGGGGCCCGUGGUGAUGUGAGCAGGGCCCCGAACCCCCCGGCCCCCAGCGCCCACCCUCAGGCACCACCGGCCCCCCCGCCAUGAUGUGCGAGGUGAUGCCCACCAUCAGCGAGGGGGACCCCCUGGGGCCCCCCCAGGGCUCGGAGGCCGACGCCGACUUCGAGCAGCUGAUGGUGAACAUGCUGGACGAGAGGGACAAGCUGCUGGACACGCUGCGGGAGACGCGCGAGACGCUGUCGGUGACCCAGAGCCGCCUGCAGGAGACGCUCCGGGAGCGGGACCAGCUCCAGAGGCAGCUCAACUCCGCCCUCCCGCAGGAGUUCGCGACGCUGACGCGGGAGCUCAGCGCCUGCCGGGAGCAGCUCCUGGAGCGCGAGGAGGAGAUCUCGGAGCUGAAGGCUGAACGCAACAACACCCGGCUCCUGCUGGAGCACCUGGAGUGCCUGGUGUCCCGGCACGAGCGCUCCCUCCGCAUGACCGUGGUCAAGCGCCAGGCCCAGUCCCCGUCCGGCGUCUCCAGCGAGGUCGAGGUGCUCAAGGCUCUCAAGUCGCUCUUCGAGCAUCACAAGGCGCUGGAUGAGAAGGUCCGGGAACGCCUGAGAGCAGCCCUGGAGCGAGUGGCCACCCUGGAGGAGCAGCUGGUGGACGCCCAUCGGCAGGUGGCAGCUCUCCAGCAAGGAGCCGUGCGGGAGGCCCCGGCGGGAGAGCGGGAUGAGCCCAAGGAACCAGCCCCGAAGCUUCCCUGGAAGCGACUCUCCAACGGCUCCGUGCACCCGGAGGACGAGGCCGGGCGGGUGGUGGAGCUGCAGGAGCUCCUGGAGAAGCAGAACUUCGAGGUGGUGCAGGCCAAGGAGCGCAUCUCUGCUCUGGCUGCCAGCGUGGCUGAGCUGGAGGAGGACCUGGGCACCGCCAGGAAGGACCUCAUCAAAUCCGAGGAGAUGAGCAGCAAGUACCAGAGGGACCUGCGAGAGGCCCUGGCACAGAAAGAGGACAUGGAGGAGAGGAUCACCACGCUGGAGAAGCGCUACCUGGCAGCCCAGAGAGAGGCCACCUCCAUCCACGACCUCAACGACAAGCUGGAGAACGAGCUGGCCAACAAGGAGUCCCUGCACCGCCAGUGCGAGGAGAAGGCCCGGCACCUGCAGGAGCUGCUGGAGCUGGCGGAGCAGAAGCUGCAGCAGACGAUGCGCAAGGCGGAGACGCUGCCCGAGGUGGAGGCGGAGCUGGCCCAGCGCAUCGCCGCCCUCACCAAGGCAGAAGAGAGGCACGGGAGCAUCGAGGAGCAUCUCCGGCAGCUGGAGACCCAGCUGGAGGAGAAGAACCAGGAGCUGGCCAGGGCCCGGCAGAGGGAGAAGAUGAACGAGGAGCACAACAAGCGGCUCUCGGACACCGUGGACCGGCUGCUGAGCGAGUCCAACGAGCGGCUGCAGCUGCACCUCAAGGAGAGGAUGGCAGCCCUGGAGGAGAAGAACACAUUGUUACAAGAGCUGGAAAACACCCAAAAGCAGAUAGAGGAACACCAGCACGACAAGCGGCGACUGUCCGACGAGAUCGACAAGCUCAGGCUGGAGGUGGAUCAGCUCAAGACCAGGAGUGGGACCUUCGUGGAGAGUGUUCACUCCAGGUCCCACAUGGGCAGUGCCACAGACCUGCGCUUCCCGCUGGUCCACGCGCCCGCCGAGCCCUUCGGAGCGGCCCCGGGGCUGCCCCGGGCACAGAAGGGUCGGUUCGCUGCCAGGAGGGAGGAGCCAGCCAAGGACUGGGAGCAGGCCCAGGCAGGUGCUGUCCUGGCCACAGGGCCCCACAGCUUCGACAGCGACCCCGACAUCUCGGACGUGGACGAGGACGACCGCGAGACACUCUUCAGCUCCAUGGACGUGCUCUCCCCUGGGGGGCACUCGGAUGCCCAGACGUUGGCCAUGAUGCUCCAGGAGCAGCUGGAUGCCAUCAAUGAGGAGAUCAGGAUGAUCCAGGAGGAGAAGGAAUCCACCGAGCUGCGCGCGGAGGAGCUGGAGACGCGCGUCACGAGCGGCAGCAUGGAGGGCCUCAACCUCACCCAGCUCUGCAAGAGGGCCUCCAUCCCCACCUCCCUGACCGCCCUGUCCCUGGCCAGCUCGUCCCCCCCCCUGAGUGGCCGCUCCACGCCCAAGCUGAGCUCGCGCAGCGCGGCGCAGGACCUGGACCGCAUGGGCAUCAUGACGCUGCCCAGCGACUUGAGGAAGCACCGGAGGAAACUGCUAUCGCCCGCAGCUCGGGACGAGAGCCGGGAGGACAAAACCACCAUCAAGUGCGAGACGUCCCCGCCUUCCUCGCCCAGGGCGUUGAGGCUGGAGAAGCUGGGUCACCCUGCUCUGAGCCAGGAGGAUGGGAAGGGCUCGCUGGAGGAUCAGGCCAGCAACCCCAGCAGCAGCCAGGACUCCCUGCACAAGGGCUCCAAGAGGAAGGGGAUCAAAUCCUCCAUCGGGCGCUUGUUUGGGAAAAAGGAGAAGGGUCGCUUGAUCCAGCUGAGCAGAGAAGGGGCCACGGGGCAGGUGGUGCUGACUGACGCGGAGGGGAGCAUCCAGGACCCCCUGGGCCUGGGCAAGCUGGGAGCUCAGGCCGAGAAGGAUCGGCGCCUGCGGAAGAAGCACGAGCUCCUGGAAGAGGCCCGGAGGAAAGGGUUGCCCUUUGCUCACUGGGAUGGCCCCACUGUCGUGUCCUGGCUGGAGCUCUGGGUGGGGAUGCCAGCCUGGUACGUGGCCGCGUGUCGCGCCAACGUGAAGAGCGGGGCGAUCAUGUCGGCGCUGUCGGACACCGAGAUCCAGCGGGAGAUCGGCAUCAGCAACGCCCUGCACCGCCUCAAGCUCCGCCUCGCCAUCCAGGAGAUGGUGUCCCUGACCAGCCCCUCGGCACCGCCCACCUCCCGCACGUCCUCUGGAAACGUCUGGGUCACCCACGAGGAGAUGGAGAACAUGGCAACCUCCACCAAGACGGUGAGGCCGAGCAGCCCCGAGCUCACCGAGCUCUGGGCGUGUGUUCAUGCCCCAAACCCCAGGAGGGAAAGGGAUCUCUGCUGCCUCUUGUGUGCCAGCUCUUGGCCAGCACCCUGCACCUGCUUAGAAACCACCUCUGAACCUUUGAUAUCCCAACAAUUUCUAGAACUGGCUUAAAAACCAUCAGAUGCAUUUUUGUUUGUCGAGCCCCCGUGGCUUUGUAGGGCAUCCUGUCUGUCAGCUGGGACUUAAAGGCAAAAAGCAAGAGAGAUCCCAAGAUUGAGUCCCUGCAUCAUUCUGCACCCAGAGAAGCCUCUGCCUCACGCCCUGGUGACCUCAGCACACCCAAAUAUUGUCCCUGCUGCCUGUCCCUGCUGCUGCCUGACGGCUCGGGGUCCUCCAAAGGGAUGUGGCUGCUCCCCCAAAAGCUCUGGCUCCUUUAGAGACGUAGCCACGCUCCCCUGUCUGCAACUUAAUGACCCUGUGGCUCAGAACAGGGGCAGCAUUUUGGAUUUGUUGUGUGAAUGUUGUUGUUGCUCCCUGGGUUGGAGCAACCUGGUCUGGUGGAAGUUGUUCCUGCCCAGGACAGGGUGUGGAACGAGAGGAGCUUUGAGGCCCUUCCAACCCAAACCACUCUGGGAUUCUGUGAUUUUGGCAUUUUAUUGAAGCUUUUUUCUGCUGUUUGAGCAGCAUAGACCUGUGACUGGCAGGUGCUUUUUGGGUGGGAGGGCUCUGAGGUGUGGCAGGGAGGUGACACUGUCCCCUGGCAGGUUUUGUGUGGAAAACCAGCCCAGCUUGAUAAGGAAGCUACAAAAUCAUUCAGUUGGGUUGGGCAGCCCUUCUGGGGGGUGGUGACCCAGGAACUGAAGUUUCUCUCUGCAUCCAUCUCACCUGGGGGGACACGAGAACUCCCCGAUUUCCCAGGGAAGGCGCAG